GUUGGUAAACCGAUGAGUGAAGUGUAGAAAUCACCGUGAAGGCAUCAUGGCAAACGUUAAAGUUGCCGUUCGUGUUCGCCCUCCUAAUGCAAGGGAGAGUGCGGAUGCAGGAAGGCUAGCAGUACAGGUGGAGGACAAGUUUGUGAAGAUUCGAAAUGUAAAGUUGGAAGGACGUACAGAUGGUGCUGUGGAUUCAAGGGAGAAGCUUCUGGAGUUCUGUUUCGAUUACUGCUACUGGUCAGUGGACCCUGAAGACCCUCACUAUGCCUCGCAGGAGGAGGUGUUCCAGGACCUCGGUGUGUCGGUGCUAUCUGGAGCCUCUGAGGGUUACAAUGUGUGCCUAUUUGCCUAUGGACAAACAGGAUCUGGAAAGACCUACACCAUGAUGGGGACAUCGGGCUCCAUCGGAUUGACACCUCGGAUCUGUCAGGGUCUCUUCAGAUCUGAAGACACUUUUCCUGACGGGCAAAACUCGAGCAGAGUGGAGAUCAGCUUCCUGGAGAUCUACAACGAGCGCGUGCGAGACCUGCUUCGAGGUGGAGAGCAGAAGAAGAGAGCCUCCCUGAGAGUCCGAGAACACCCUGACAAAGGACCCUAUGUACAAGACCUCUCCCAGCAUGUGGUCUCAGACUGUAAACAGGCCAUGGACCUUUUGGAAGAAGGCAUCGCCAACCGCAUCACUGCAGCAACCCACAACCACGACGCCAGCAGCAGAUCCCACGCCAUCUUCACCAUCCUGUACACACAGGCAAUCCUUGAAAACAAUCUUCCUUCAGAAACCGUCAGCAAGAUUAACCUGGUGGACCUGGCAGGGAGUGAGCGUGGACCCCAUUACUGCAGAGACAGACUGACAGAGGGCUCUAACAUCAACAAGUCGCUGGUCACUUUGGGCAUUGUCAUAUCUGCUCUUGCCCAGAACUCCCAGAUGUCCAACAGCUGUCAGAGUAUAAACAGCAUGGCCUCUGAGGGCGAUGGCAGCACGGUGGGUAGCCACAGCAGUUCCCUGUCUGGAGGAGGAGGAGGAGGGGCGAGGAGACACUGCUUCAUCCCCUACAGAGACUCAGUCCUAACCUGGCUGCUGAAAGACAGCCUGGGCGGCAACUCUAAGACCAUCAUGAUUGCAACGGUGUCACCCUCUGCUAACAGUUACAACGAGACCCUCAGCACCCUUCGCUACGCUGCCCACGCCAGAAAUAUUGUCAACAAGCCUCGCGUUAAUGAGGACGCCAAUGUUCGGCUGAUCAGGGAACUGAGGGAGGAGAUUGACAGGCUGAAGAGCAUGCUGCUCAGCUUUGAAAUGCGGAAUCCCAGUCCAUCCCUGAGCGAUGAGAGGGAUGGAAAUCUUUCUGACAUCGUGCUACAGAAUGAACUUAAGGUGGAGCAGCUAACAAAGGAUUGGUCAGAGAGCUGGACAGACAAGAAGGAGCUGCUGGAACAAUGCAGCGUGGACAUCAACAGAGACCGAGCUGGAUUCCUCAUCAGCUCCCUCCAACCGCACCUGGUUACUCUGGACAGAGAUGUCCUCAGCACCGGCGUGGUCCUCUAUCACCUCAGGGAGGGAGUUACCCACAUUGGACCUCAGGAACUGUCUGCAGAGCCACAAAUAGUCUUGCAGGGUAAUGCCAGCUGUGAGAUUGAAAACCACGGAGGUGUUGUGACGCUGAGACCCCUGCCGGGCUGUGUCUGCCUGCUCAACGACAGAGAGGUCACUGAGUCCUGCAGACUGGCUCAAGGGAUGGUGAUCACCUUGGGAGGAGUGCAUAAGUUUCGUUUCAACCACCCAGCAGAGGCAGCCGUGCUCAGGGAACGCAGGCGGGCAAGUGAAAGCGACAUGACCUGCACCUACAUUGACCUAUGUCCCCUGAGUCCUGACCACAGUGUUGAAGAAGUAAAACUCCAAGGGCAGCUGGGUGACUGUCUCUCCCCCAGUGAGGAGUCUACUGCGAGGCAGCGUGUGGAGGCACAGCAACGCUACGUGGAGAGUUUGCGACAGGAGAUUCAUGCUGAACAGAGAUGGGCUGAGAGAGAGCUGGAGCGCGAGCAGGACCAUCUUCAACAGCAGCACAGUGAGAUCCAGCAGUGGAUUGUGCAGGAGACGCACCACCUAACAACUGUUGAGCAAAGAAUCACUCAAGAGUUGGGAGUCCAAACUGACCUUGUCCCUGCACCCCUCCUGGAGCGACUUACAGGUCAGGCACCUGAGGAUCAGGAAAGUCAGAUAGUCGAUCGGCCACCGCUAGUUUCAAGGGCCUGGAAGAGGGCUGUGCAGGAGGAGCUACUGAAGCAUCACGCCCUUUGCCGCGCUGAGAGCCGCAUCCGUCGGAAAAGGUUGCACUAUCAGCUGGAGAGAAUUGCCCGCAAGCGGCAUCUAUUGGAAGCUAAGAGGGAAUUACAACGGUUGGAAAGGGAGUUUCCUCCAGGACCGGACAGUCCAGAGUCUCCUGAGUCUCCAACAAAAGUCAGAGGAAGACGCUCUCGUAGACACUCAUUCUCUGCAGAUCUUUUGUCCAGACUCUACCCACAGCCCACUCCUGUCUUCAGGUAA